GAGUGCUCCCCAUGUCCAGCUGAUCGCCAGAGCCUGGAGAUCAGCAACCGGAGAGGGAGGAUCCAGGCAGUUCGACCCUCUGCACCGUGUUGAGAUUUUCAGUUUCUCAGCGGACUCGACCUACACCGCGCGACUGUGUGUGCGUGUGUCGUAGCAAACCCUGGAUGAAAACCUCUCAAUUGUGUGCGACCAGAUCAGCGCUGCAGACAAGCGAGGGAAUGGACUAGUUAUUUUUAAAGGAAGCUAACCGAACAGCUUUACAGCCGUGUGGAGUCGGUACAUCUCGCAUCAGCGUGAAUAGCACUAUGACUGAUGGGGACUAUGAUUAUCUGAUCAAGCUCCUGGCUCUUGGAGACUCGGGAGUUGGUAAGACCACGUUUCUGUACAGAUACACAGAGAAUAAAUUCAACCCCAAGUUUGUCACCACAGUGGGAAUUGACUUCCGAGAAAAGAGACUGGAACAUUAUGUUGGAGGACUGAACAGUAAAACAAACAAUCCUUUUAAAAUCCAUCUCCAACUGUGGGAUACAGCCGGGCAGGAAAGAUUUCGAAGCCUCACUACAGCCUUUUUCAGGGAUGCCAUGGGAUUUUUAUUGGUCUUUGACCUAACGAGUCAACAGAGUUUUCUGAAUGUGAGAAACUGGAUAAGCCAACUUCAAGCAAAUGCGUAUUGUGAAAAUCCUGACGUGGUUUUAAUUGGAAAUAAGGCGGAUUUGUCCGAUCAGAGAGAGGUGCAGGAGUAUCAAGCCAAAGAACUAGCAGAAAAAUACGGAAUUCCCUACUUUGAAACGAGUGCUGCCACUGGAGCUGGCAUUGAUCAAGCUAUAAUCGCAUUGCUGGACUUAAUAAUGAAACGCAUGGAUCAGUGUGUCGAUAAGAGCCAAAUACCUGAUUCAGUCAAUGGAGGAUCUGCCCAAAAACUUGAACCUACUGAUCCAAAUGGGAAAAAGUGUGCCUGCUAGAAAACAACUUCAUCAAAGCUAGAAAGAAUUUUUUGCAUGUGCAAAUGUUUUCUCCAGAAAGUUUAUUUUCCUAUAUCAUUGUAUUGUUUUCUUUUAAUUUUCUCCCAGCCAUCUUCAGUAGUAACUUAUUAUUGUAGAUGGGACUGUUGGGUGGUGCCGUCUUGAAGUUGAUAAAUUGCAGUUAGAAAAUUUGACUUACGGAUAUAUACCUCAAUAAAGUGUAUAAUUGCCCAGCCAAAUUAACAGCACUUAUGCUACUUCUGAUAACCUGUUGAUGCUGCCUACUGGCUACAUGAAUUUUUUAAGAAAUGUUUUCUCUUAUAGAAAGAUAACUCAUCCAUUCAAAAUAAGGCCAUCAUACUGUAAAAAGCAGCAACUAACUGACCCAUGAAGUAACCAAUGUUUAAAUCUAAAUGAAAUUUUGAGAAAAUGUCCAUGAAAGAACAUUGGCAAUUUUAAUUAAAUUUUGGGACUCCCUUUGAAGAGAUCCGUACCUCUUUUGGUGUAGUACCUUUGAAGUAUGAUCUUAGCUUAUUUUUGUCCUUCCCCAAACUUCUGUUGACAAAAUACUUCAAUGUUCAUUCAUUCCCCAAAGUUGAAGUUGAUAAAGUUGAUUGCAGCCUGGUUCAUAGCCUUCCACCUUAGUGUCAAUGUAAUGAGAACAAGUUUAUUAUUGCAACAAUAUAAAACAUUUCUAAGUCUUUCCUUUCAA